AACCGAGAUCAAUGAACCAGGCGAUUUACCGAAACUGGUCGGACGAGCCAAGGUGGGAAUAAACCAUCGAUCAAGAGCGAGGUUUUUAUUUAGCAGAAAUCUGCUCAAGCACGGAUUAUCACUUCACUCCGAAGCCAACAUUGAAGUGUGCGAUGUGGAAAAUUUAUAUAUCUCUACUGUAACCUAAUAUCAAUUGAUUUUGAGAGUAGAUUUUUUUUAAUUCAUCGUUGGGUCACAACAGGGGAAUACAGGAUGAUCUUCGCAAAUACGGCCAACCCACUGCGAACUCCGUCAUACCGAAAGCAGCCUCCUGUUGCUCCGCCCACCCUCCCUAUGGCCCCGCCCAGCCCGAGCACCAACAACAGCAGUAGCAGCAGCAGCACAACCGGCUGGGAGCAGCUCAGUAAAACAAACCUCUACAUCCGCGGGUUACCGCCAGGGACCACCGAUCACGACCUGGUCAAACUCUGCCAGCCAUAUGGUAAAAUCGUGUCCACCAAAGCCAUUCUUGACAAGACUACAGGCAAAUGCAAAGGAUAUGGUUUUGUGGAUUUUGACAGUCCCGUGUCUGCGCAAAAAGCCGUCGCGGGACUAAAAACCAAUGGAGUUCAGGCUCAAAUGGCCAAGCAACAGGAGCAGGACCCGACUAACUUGUACCUGUCCAACCUGCCCGUGUCCAUGGAUGAGCAGGAGCUAGAGAACCUCCUCAAACCUUUUGGACUGGUCGUCUCCACCCGAAUCCUCCGCGACACUAACGGAGUGAGUCGGGGAGUGGGCUUUGCCAGAAUGGAAUCUACAGAGAAGUGCGAUGCUGUGAUCUCUCACUUCAACGGGAAGUUCAUUAAGUCCUCCUCUGGGUUGCUGGGUGCAUCAGAGCCUUUGCUGUGUAAGUUUGCUGACGGCGGGCAGAAGAAGAGACAGAGUCAGGCUAAAUACGUCCCCAACGGACGAACCUGGACUCGAGACGCCGAGGUGAGACUAAGCGGAAUGACGUUGACCUAUGACCCCAAUACCGCACUUCAGAAUGGGUACUAUCCUGCUCCUUAUGCCAUGGGGAACCGGUUAAUGACUCAGCCAGGAAUGUCUCCAUACAUCUCUCCCAUCUCUACAUACCAGGUACAGAAUCCUUCAUGGAUGCCACAUCAGCCUUACAUCAUGCAACACCCGGGAGCCGUUCUGUCGCCCUCUAUGGAGCAUCCUAUGUCACUGCAGCAGUCCGCUAUGUUGGCUCCCCUCACCCAGCAGAUGGGCCAUCUCUCUCUGGGCGGCACUGCAACCUUUAUUCCUGCCAACACAGCAAUGCCAGGAGCCUACAUCCCUCAAUAUGCCCACAUUCAGCCCGCUGCCAUCCCUCCUGAGUUUUGGCUCAAGCAGAUUGGUCUUGUUCAGGAAAGCGGUGUACAGCCACAAGAUGUGUCCUCUUCGGAUCCUUCAUCGUACCCUUUCCAACCAAACAAGCAAUAAAACGGUUUACCGUCUGACGUCAGAACCAGACACAGUCUGCUGAGUGUUACUACCGUAACAACGUUUGCUUUCUUUUAGAGGAAGCGACAUCAAAGAGGAAAUAAUGCUCAUGCAUGGGUUGCAGAAAAUUUGUCCAUGAUUUAAUCAUCUGCUUAGAAGAAAUCAACAAGAAACCUCAGAAAACAAACAUUUUCUCCAACAAACCAAGAUAAGGCAAUAUUACACCAACUGUGGACGACAGAAUGGGAGCAGAGUUUUAUUUUGCUAGAAAAAGGAAGGAGAUGACAAAUGCUUAUUUUUUACCAAGAACUAUUAACACAGACCAUGUCUGUGAGUAACAUGAGUGAUGAUGAUGGUGAUGACAUCUUUCGAUGCAUGACGGGGUUUUUUUUAAGUAUGUUUUUAUUGACUGUUUCUUAAACAGACAAAAGAAAAACUUUUUUGCGGUUGCAGUCGAAAUGAAGAGGUUUCUGUUUGCUUUUUUGGUCUUCCACUCUGCCUUUUUAGUAGUUAAGAAAUGUACCGUUUAAAUAAGGUGGGUGGGGUUUAGAAUGACUGAUGCAAUGCUUGCUGGC